UAAACAAGUUCAGUUUCUACAACCGACUUCAAGUCGAAAGCACUCUAGCAAAGCUGCUCCAAUGGGCCGCAAGUGUUGUGUUCCGGAUUGUAACUCCAACUACGAUGCCAUCCGGCGCAAGGGACAGUCGGCCAUCAGUACGUUCAAGUUCCCCGUGGACCAGGAGCUGCGCGAGCGUUGGAUACGGGCGGUCAACCGAGAGGAGGGAUGGCAACCGGGCAGUACGGCCAGCAUCUGCAUUAAUCAUUUUCAGCCGGAGGACAUUGUGCGGUACGAUAAACCGGCCAAGCUGAAACAGGACGCCGUUCCGACGAUUUUUGGAACCGUGCUGCGGAAGGAAGGCGAACCGCUGAUAAAAAGAGGGAGGCCGAAGAAGAAGAAUGUGGUGGAACGUGAACCUGAGGUGGAAGAAGAAACGUUGGAAUCGGAGCACGAAUGUGUGGAGUAUUUGGAGGAUGAGUAUUUGAAACCGGUUGAGCUGUUGGAAGAGCUGAUACUGGAUUUUGAGGCAUUCCAGAGGACGAUUGAGGCGAAAGGAGCUUAUGAAAAUUGGCACCAUCAUCGUAAAGGAGACGUGAUACAUUUCUACAGUAUUCUGGAUGAGCAAGCAGAGCAAGCGAUUGCUAUUGAAAAUAGCAUCAAAAUCUUUAAAGACAUGAAAAUGAACCUAUUCCUGAAAGGAGUAAUACAAACUGAAGAAUCGUUGAAAUGGAUUCUGGGACAGGAAGUCAAGUUGUGUCGUUGGUCACAGUUUGAAACAAUACUUCAAAAGUAUAAUCCACAAUCCUAUUGUUCGAGGAGUGUUGAAGAUGAUGUUGAAGAAGAUGCAUCACAAACAGAGCUCCGUAUUGAUGACGAGCAGGAUGCAGGAGGCGAUCAUUCUCGUGUUGCAAGAAAAGAGGUGCUACAGAUUGAAAUAGUAGAUUCCCUAGUGCCUUCAGAACAAAUUGAAUUUUUAACAGUUGAACCAAAGAACGGCUCGAUUGAUAUUGAAACCAGCUCGAACGUUAGGCGAAAUCCAUUGAAGACAAAGAACGAGCGGAUGUUUACCCGAGAAGAUCGGGUAGAACGAAAAAAUGUCCGGGAAACGGUACGAGCCCUCAAGAGAGCUAAACAUAGGUGCUUCAUAUGUGAGAAGGAACAUGAAAGUCUGGCAGCUUUCGAACAACACCUGCCAGAUCACAUUGAUAUGUUGCCGUACAAUUGCGAACGAUGCGUUACGCAGGACGUGACCAUCAGGACGCUGGCUGCUUUGAACAAGCACUUUUUCAUGCACUUGAAACCGCUCAAGUGCCGGGUUUGUGAUGUGAGAUUCUCGAAUUAUGGAACGAGAUUGUUGCACGAGCAGAACAGUCAUGAGGACAGCGGUCCAAUAUCGUGUGAGGUUUGUGGGAAAGUUCUGCGAUCAAGGCGUGGAUAUCAACACCACUUCAAGAUGCACAGCGAUCCGGACUCAAUGAAGUGUAAACUAUGCGAAAAGCUGCUCUCCUCAAGCUACGAAUUGAAGCUGCACAUGCGAGUACAUACAAAAGAAAAGCCAAAUAAAUGUUCGUUCUGCCCGGCAUCGUUCAACAGAGUGUCCAACCUGAUCGAACACAAACGACGGUUUCACUGCAAGGAACGACCAUUCGUUUGCGGAGUCUGCCAGCUCGGCUUCCGGUCAAACGCAGAGCUCAAACGGCACGAGCUGACUCACGAUGCAGACAAGGCCGAGAUCAAAACGCUCCGGAAGCCAGUGACGGCCGUUUCAACUAGUGACGGAAGGAAGGACUAUCACUGCAAGGUUUGUGACACGACAUUACCAUCGGCCACCAGCUAUCAUUCCCACAUGAGGAAGCACCGGAAACGGUUUCAGUGUAGCUAUUGUGGCCUUCAAGUGGGUCAGCUGCGGGAUUUUAUUGAUCACGAAAAUACGCAUACAGGAAAUCGUCCCUACGAGUGUAAGAUUUGCUCGAAAAAGUUCAAGACAUCCUCCACGUACUACGGCCAUCUGGCGGUGCACUCGUCCCAGAAGCGUUUCGCCUGCGAGGUAUGCAACCGGCGGUUUACUCGACUCCGACACAUGGUUCUCCACGCCAAGACACACUCCGCUGCGACAAACGAGAAGCCCUAUUCAUGUACCACGUGUGGCAAAACGUACUCCGAUCGGAAUUCGUUCAAAAGACACGUUUAUUUGCAUCUCGAGGAAGAUGGCGCAUCCAAACAAGAGGAACAAAAACGGAUAGAGACGGCGACGGUACAGGUUCCCCAGGAAGUUCGGUUGGUUCCGGAAGGUGCUACGUUUACGUUGGCGGGCGCUAUUACCGAGCAAGUUCACCAGUUGCCACAAAUCAUACAGACGGCCGAUGGUCGGGAAGCGAUUUUGUUGAGCGCUGAAAUGCUCAAUCCACAGAAUAUUAUCAUACUGCAGCAGCCGAUUGGUAGUUAGUGUUAACAUAGAAAUAAACGUAACAGAGCAAUUCUCUCAGAUUUCGGUCAUUCAAUUUUUUCCGGCUGAAACUUUUUUGGUGCCUUCGAUAUGCCCAAAGAAGCCAUUUUGCAUCAUUAAUUUGCCCAUAUAAAUUUCCAUACAAAUUUGGCAACUGUCCAUACAAAAUUGAUAUACACACAAAGAAAAAAUACUCUAAAUUCAAAAACGAUCGUUCGUUGGAUUAAAAGUUCGCGUUGGUGAAUAUUCGUAGAAAGUUCAAACUUUUUAAUUUAAAAGUUGGAAAGUUGUUGAUACUACCAUGCAUUUCGCAAUUCGCAAUUUUCAGUGUAAGAACGGGCCUUGACCGAUCUUAUGCACCAGGUUCCCGACGAACACGCACUGCCCUUACACCUACAUCUCACCCUUGCUCUGAGUCAGUACGAGCAACACACUAGAACACGCUUUGAGUGUUCGUGCCAGGCAUGCACACCUUCUUUUCCGGUUACGCAUUUUAACUCGGCCGGGGGUGGUACAUUAGGUAGGGUUUGAUGUAAGUAUAAGCGCCUAACCAUUUAUAGUGUGUCUAUCAAUUUUCAUUAAAGCAAAAACUGUUUUAUUUUAGUUUGAAUUCAAAAACUAAUUGUUAUUUUACUGUGUAUUGUUUUCUCCUGAAAUCUUCCCUAUUGUUGAGUCUGUUUAUCUGUUGCUAUUUCUUUUGUCGCGGUGUUUUGUUACAAUUUUUGGUCCUAAGCAUGUUAUAAAAGUUUACCAAAAAUACAAUAGUAAUAUUUGUGUUAAUUCUUUAACCAUUC